GUUCUCUUUGCUACCACUGUUAUAACCAACAUGCCACCCAAAAGACAAAAGUCAGCCAAGCGAUGGUCCCUAUAUCCAACACUCCAUGAUGAUGUAGCACGAUUGCUAGAAGAAGAAGACCUCGCCCUCGAAUUUUAUAAUAUCGACACUGAUGAAGGUGGCCGUCACAUGCAUGAUAGUAACAUCAUGGGUCGAUUCAUAUGCCGCAACGGUGCAUGCAAAUCCUCCGGAUGGUCGAGCAAAAAGAUCGCCAUAACAAUACGGAUGUAUCCCGGACAGAAAUACAAUGCCCGAGUGUAUCAUCAACGUUGCAAAAACUGUAACUGUAUCAGUCGACCGAUUCUGGACGAGUCAUAUGCGGAAAGGGUCACGUACAGGAUUAAGAAAUGGAAUGGGGUUGAGGUUGAAAGUCCUCGUAUAUCCGGUGCAAGCAAAGGCCCACACAAUAGCCUGCUGUGUGAGGGAUGCAAAGCCGGCCAUUGUAGUGAGUUAGGGGGCGGCAAUUGGAUUGUCCAAAUGGAAAGAUUGACUAUCUGACUUAAGGCCCUGAUUCUCUCUAUUUCCAUAAUUUAUCUGCAGUUUUCUGGGUUUUACUGUUUAUAAUUUCAAUUGCUGUGCUUAUUUGGUUAUUUGCAUGGGUUCAAGUAUCGAGGAAAGAGAAUACUCAAGUCCACUUACGAGCUUUCACGAUGUAACGAUCUCAUUUAUGUUAUCUACUAUUACCCUGAGG